GUAUGAUUAAUUUCUUGACCAACACACUAGACUGGAUGCAAUUUAUACACAACCUCACUCAAGCCUGCUUCAUGCUGGGUGAUAACAUAGUAACCUGUAUAUGUUACCUAAGAAUACUGUGAAGCCCUCUACUUAUGUGGACAGUUGUGCUCUGAUAAUAAGCCUCUUUAACCAAGACUUGGCAAUCAUAAUCCUGACAAGACAAGAACUACUGUAUAUUUUUCUAUUACCCCAUCUCCCCAGAAUAACAUUCUACACAGCAGUAGGUAUAUCAUGGGCCCCUAUUUGGAGAAUGGUAACCACUGGACCUUUGUUCAUUUUGACCUAACCUCCAAGGUCAUUACAUAUGCCAAUUCUUUGGGUGAGUCUACGGAUAAGAUGUCCGCAAUCAAAGACAAUUGGGGAAAAUUUGCAGAGGCUAGGCAGACAACUGGACCUUGGACUAUUAAGUCCUUUAAACAUGCAAAGCAAAUGGACAGCGUGUCCUGUGGUGUUUUCACCAUCAUGUUUGCAGAAUGCCACCUUAGUGUCUCCCCCUUCAGGGACUGCUGUCUUUUCACAAAAAGACAGCAAUUGACACAAGAGCUUUGGGCAGCACUAGAUCGCACCAAACGAUGUGGUUCUUGUGUUAAGCUGCUGCAUGGCAAAGGGGUUAAAUGUGGUACCUGUAGUGGGCAUUGCCACACUAUGUGCCUGCAAAAGAAGGGCCUGUGUUUUCUUUGUGCUUAUGACUCUGACGUUGUCCAGGUGGACAACACGGAAGAGGUUGUUGUCGUGGAGAAGGCUACCUACACUCAGAUGGAUGACUCUGACGUUGUCCAGGUGGACAACACGGAAGAGGUUGUUGUCGUGGAGAAGGCUACCUACACUCAGAUGGAUGACUCUGACGUUGUCCAGGUGGACAACACGGAAGAGGUUGUUGUCGUGGAGAAGGCUACCUACACUCAGAUGGAUGACUCUGACGUUGUCCAGGUGGACAACACGGAAGAGGUUGUUGUCGUGGAGAAGGCUACCUACACUCAGAUGGAUGACUCUGACGUUGUCCAGGUGGACAACACGGAAGAGGUUGUUGUCAUGGAGAAUGCUACCUACACUCAGAUGGAAGCAGAGACCACAGAGGAAGGAGUUGCAGAUGGUGGCCUGGCACAAGAAUCAGCAGCCGCAGAGGGGGAACAAGUAUUAUUUGAAGUGGAGAGUGUUCUCCGAAUAUCUGAUGGGACCAAGGCCAAAAGAUAUACAGUGACUAGGGAGGAACUGUUUAGAAGGUGUGGGUCACCAGAGUGCUAUUCAUCCAAUGCUCUGGUGGCCUACUUAAGGAAAGGCAAGAGCCAAAAAGAGGUGCUCGUGGCCAAGUUGCACAAGUUGGAGGUCAAGCCAGGACCACGAAUCAAGUUGUCAACAAGUGUCAGCAAGUUGUGUGAAGAGGAAUGUGUGACCCUUUCAGAGGAUCUGAACUACCUGGCAGCAAAGUUCCUCCCCAUCACCAAAAUCAGCCAGACCUGUCUGGAGGAGGGUGAUGGAUUACAUGAGGCCAUUGCAAAAACUGAAAACUGCAGGAUCUGCCCCUCAUGUCUCUGCUGGACAGUUUGGUACUCCAUCCAGCACCUGAAAGUUUCUACAAAGAGACUAAAAUCUCUCUGUUAGCACAUUCCAAUUAUAUUGACCAGGUUUCUUUGCAAAUAAAUGAACAGAAAGCAGGACAGAAGUGUUCAUAACAGUCAGUAGAAAAGAAAACCAACAGAAAAAUGAUAAAGCCAACCUCCUUUUUCCACUGGAAGGUCUCAAUUUGACUUGUGUAAGUUGGUUAAAACUUAGCGUAAUUUAGUCAUAUCCACUUAUCCCUGCAUGUCCAAUUGUCACUAAAACAUUCAUUCAACAACAAAGGGAAGAAAAGACAACAAGCGUUAGUUUGGUUUUAUUUGAGAGGAGAACAGAAGAGAUGUGCCCAGUUACAACUCCUUAUUGCUCUGAAAACACAUCCUGGGCCUCCUCUCUCUUUAUUGUUAAAAGGGAGUUCCUUAGUUACAAAAACCUGGUAUGAUGUGACAUUCAAAAUAAUACAACGAUGUUCACACAGUUCAGUUCAGCUUUUUGAAAAGAGUCAUAUCUCUGCAGGCCUUCUGCAAUGAUAAGAGAAACAUUUGAAACACAUAGCAUGGGGUAGGAUGAAGCAUGGUAUAUGCUCCAGUAAAUAAAUGACAAUACUAAUAAACACAAACACAAUAAUACAUAAGAGAGAUAUGAGUCAUUUGAAUCACUGAAUGGACAUUUGAAUAUCUGAAUAAACUCAAACCUUAAAACCUUAUUAAUAAUAAUGAGUAAAUAUGUGAUAAAUGCAAUUAACAUAGUAAAUAAAGUAAAAUAAUUCCAACACAAAUUUUGAUUAUGACUUCUUACCGUACACCUGCAAAGGCUCACUUAUCAGUCUUCUGUUGGAAGAAAGGUGGCAUUUCCGGAUCUCCAUCCAGCUUCUGGUAUAGCAAUAGCUCAGAAAAAAACAUUUAUGUUAGUAUUUAGGUAAGGCAUGCAGACAAAAUCAAGACAUGCAGCUGGUUCAGCUUCUUUCACAGCUUGUGGCCAUCAGUAAUUAUUCCUGCUGCAGUUUGUGUUAACAAAGCAGCAGGAGAGUGAUCAGAGUUAUAAAUAAUGCUGGUCUUAACCAGUGGCUAAAGUAAGCCGGUACAGUCUGGCACUGCGUAUACAGGAGGCAAAAGGGGAGAGCGGCUGCCAGAUGAAGCCUUCAUUCAGAACCAGUCAUGGCUGCACGCUGGAUCAGAAAACAGAUCUGCUAAUCAGAUGUAGUCUAAAACACCACUCUUUAUAAGUUUUGUUUUUAUUAAUUCUGUACUUCUUUUAACUACAUGCGCUGUGUUUCGUUGCCUCAACGCUCUUACUGCUCCUCUCCCCUCCCUUCUCUGCGGUCAAGUGCAGUCUCCCUUAUCUCGGAGCCAGGGGCUUUUAUCAGCAGCUAAAAAAAGUGUUUAUUUUCUACUGUCACUUAGGCCAAUGCAUGAGGGUGGAGAGCUCUGGUAUUAAUCAUAAUAGAAGAAACAUUUUUAAAUUUAAAUGUAGUGAAACAAGACAUUGCUUUUUAACACUAGUUGAAAAGAGUAAUCAAGAAAAUAAACCAAACAGUCCCAAAUAAAUGAAAGCGCUUUGCUAAUGAGCAGUGGACUAAAAUACCUGACCGCAGGUGCAGAGUCUGACUGAGAGUUACAGAAAAUACCUGAUUGCAACGAUCGCCUCAAAGGUUUGCUCAACAAAAUACUAGAGAAUGAUUCAAUCAUGGUUGUUUGGCUUUUUUAUUAUUUUAUAUUUUUCGAAUAUUUCUGUUGAACCUCAAUUCAAAAGCAACGUCAUGAUUUUUUUUUUAUCAGAUUUUUAUUUAUAAUUACCCUUGUCAAUUUGAAUUUAUUUGAGUAAUGGCUGUUUUUUCCUUCUUUAAUUGGGAGGGUGUGAACAAAUUUUAAAAUGACUAAGUAUGUCAAAUGUAGGUGUUACUGUGAGGGUUAGGGUAGACAUGUAGUUUAUUUCUCGGAACUUGUGAAGUCUCCUUUUCUACACCAGGCAUGAAUGUUUUUUGAAUCUACUUUUUCAAGUUAUAUCUGUAUAACAUAAUGUCUGAAUCAAGUGUGAUCAACCACUACUCUGAAUUAAGCUGUAAGUAACCAUAUGUUUAAUAUUGCAUUUCCAGAAUGAGUGUGUUGGAAGAGAAAGAUGCUUUGGUUGUCAAACAACUGGAUACAUAUAUCAAGUACAGCUGGAACUGGUCUUAGACUAGAUGCUGAAAGGACAACAGCUUUCAUUUAAUCUGGGAGAUGUCUUCAGAAAGAUCAGUGAACAGGAUUUUGCAGGUCCAGGUGCAGGUGCAUGUCAUAGCAUCCACACACAGUGUAGCCAGCACCUUUCUUCCAAGCAGAGAGACAGCAUCAACAAGCCAGGGUUCUGCAAGCCAGGGACCAGAAAUAGUCAGGCAGCAGUGCCAGGCAAAGAUCCCUGUAUCAACUUUAAACCGCAUAGCAAAUGCAGAGGUAGGUUUGGAUUGUUAGUCAGUACAGGCAGCUUCAGCAUUUACGUGUAGAGCACAUGACUAGUUCAGGUCACUUGCAGCAUCAUCACCUAAGCAUGGAAUGCACUACAUUUGCAUUCAGCACAGAACUUGCUAACUGGCUAUGUAGCGAGCAAAAAAUGAAGAGCUACUGCAUGUCGAGCUGUUAAGUGACUUAAUAGAAGAAUUUAGAUAUGGAGAUAACACAAGUAUGGAGUAGCGGUAUAAAUACAAAAACUGUAUAAUUCUACCUAUUCCCUUUCACAACAUGUAUCCUUUAUUGCAUUUUACAUUUAUAUAAAUGGGAUUCCUGGCAUUUUUGAGCCAAUUAAUAAAAACUGACCGCCCCUGAACAGGUCCUUUUGGUAUUCAAUUUUGACAUUAACAUGGCCUCAUCGGUGCAAACCAGACCCUAUUAUACCCCCAAAACCUCAGAAAAAUGAAAAUUGUUGUCAUCUCCCCUUUAAGACUGGCUUUUCAAAUAAACCUAAUUUGGUGGAGUGGGAACUCUUCAGUAUUUUGUUUUUCAUGGUUUUAUGGUUACAGCUCUGCAGGAGGGGAGAUUCAUGUUGCCAAAAGCUCAGAGGCAACAUGUUCUGCCAACAUGGUGUCCCCUGCCUGUCUACUUCACUGUCUAUGCAUCUCAUACUUUAUUUACAUAUUUGCUUAGAAUUAGGCAGUCAAAGUAUUGAUUCCUUGUAUCUGCAGGCUGAUAAUUA